UGUCUCUGUGUCUGUUGAGCUGAAUGUACACGUAGAGAGGGUGUGGUUAAAGUGUUUCACAACCACGAUGGAUAGAUGUGAAACUGAAAGCUGUUUCCUCAUUUUAACACAGGCUUAGGUAAGGAUCCGGUGUGAGAGAUGGCGUCUACUGCGUACAUAGAGGAACUAACCUGUUCUGUGUGUCUCUCUCUCUUCACUGAUCCAGUUAGCCUCUCCUGCGGUCACUCAUUUUGUCGACAAUGUUUUACAAACUUUCGGAGAACACAGAACAUGUGUCCUCAUUGCCGGGCUAGAAUCUCAACAGCUGAGGGAAACCUCUCAACAAACCACAUUCUGAAGAGCUUGGCCAACAAAGCUAAAGAGGAAGCMGUACGCGAUGAGAAGACAGGGGGGACUGACUGGUUGUGUCAUGACCAUGACGAGAAACUGAAACUAUUCUGUGAGGAAGACCAACAGUUGGUUUGCAUCAUAUGCCGGGACGGGGAGAAGCAUGACGGGCAUAAGUUUAAACCUAUCAAAGAGGCAGCCUUAGCUAGGAGGCGGGAACUAGAUGAGGCCAUUCAGUUCCUCACUCGUGACAACAGCUCCGUGGAGCACCUGGCCAAACAACAGGAAGAAGAGAUGACAAAAACCAAGACUAAGUCCUGUCGGCUGWGGAGUCAAAUCAGCAGCCAGUUUGAAGAGAUGCGCCAGUUUCUGAAGAAGAGGGAAGAACAGAUAAAGAAUGUGUUGCAGGAGAAAGAAGAGAAGACCUUGAAGAAGAUGAGAGGGAAUUUAGAGAGUAUGGAGUUGAUACUGUCAAAGAGGAAAGAGAAGGAGGUGAUGAUGAAAUCUGCUCGAGACAUCCCAGACAGUGAGGGUUUCCUGCAGUGGUGGAAUAACAUGGGCUUAUCUGAGGUAAAAGCACUGAAGGACAGGGACAUGCCACCACCAGAACGUCAUGGGGAGGACACGACUGAGGACGCCACCAAGGAACGUCCAUACAAGUCCAGGGUAGAUGACCUCAAGGUGACACCGGUCUCCUUCUCUCUGGGGCCCUAUGAGUCUCACCUGCAGUUCUUUGUGUGGAAGGAGAUGCUGCAGGUAAUCAACCCUCUACCAGAGAGACUCACACUACAAACAGUGAGUCAGAAACUGACUAUCUCCAAUGACAGACGCAGUGUGUUUUGUACUCCCAGAAAUGYGGAAUCAGCUUUUUUAGCUCAUUCAGCUCGACGUCAAUCACAACAAUCAAAAGCAGUGAGUAACAUUAGGUUCAGCACUGGACAACACUGCUGGGAAAUAGAAGUGGGAACUGGGGCUUUCUGGGAACUGGGAGUUAAAAAUGUUCGGGGGGGGGUUUUGGUUUGAACUUUUUGGUUCAAAAACAAUGCGUCUCAGGUACMGAAAUCUAAAAUAUACUAUUCACGGUAUGGAUACCGAAAAACAAAUCACUUUUAGUGAUACACCUCGAAAGAUAGGGCUAUACCUAAAUUGUGCUACCAAGGAACUCUCUUUCUACAAUGCAGAUUACAUGUCGCUUAUCUAUACUCUCGUCUGUAAUUGGAAAGACGUGUCAGCCUAUUUUAACAUUGGUGAAUGUGAUGGAGUAGAUUCUGACCCCCUGACAGUCUGCUGGUAUUGAUCUGCGUAUCAUAGUUCCCACUGACAGGAUGCUGGUAUUGAUCUGCUUAUCAUAGACCUCCUGACAGUCUGCUGGUAUUGAUCUGCGUAUCAUAGACCCCCUGACAGUCUGCUGGUAUUGAUCUACUUAUCAUAGUUCCAGUCACAUCAAAGUAAAACAAUCUACACGUAAUUUUGACACACGAAAUUGAUCAGAAUCAAAGGGAGUUUUGACAUGCUCUGUAAAUGCUUUAGUUAAACACAUAACAUAGUGUCUCACAUUUUAUUUGACAUGCCACCUGUACAUUUACUUGUAAUCCUUUAACUUUUCAAAACCGCAUUAAGGGAAUUACUGAUUGACACUAGGGGGCAGAUGUUAUGAUUAGGAUUCAGAUUUUACAUGAGUUAUUGAGAUUUUACAUCACCACAACCCUGUGAUAUAAACAGUGUAUGUUUUGUGGGUUUAACGCUUUACUAUCUUGUAAAUAUGCAUUUUGUACAUAUAUCAAAUUAUUUCAUACUUGUUGACUUUUGUUUUUAUAAUGAACAAUUUCUAUUUUAGGAUUAGGGUGAGGCUUUUCAUAACGUUUAUCAUCUUCCUCACCUUCACACAUUUAAUAUAGCUUGUGUGCAGAGAACUUGACAAAUAAAAUGGUCUAUUAUUUUACCCUGA